GAUAUCGUUGAAGAAUGGUGAAAUAAAUCGUUGACCAACUCUCACACUCUUUGAAAUAGUCUUCCCGGCGAUGACCGAUGAAACGGAGGGAGAUGACGAGACUCAGCAGCGAUCAUCACGAAACGACAGCGUUUAUAGGAGGAAGAAGAAGAAAAAGGGUGAUAAAGCAAAGAGAGCUCUAAUCGGAGCGGGUGGUCGGAUCCUGUUUUACCCAACUCUUUUCUACAACCUCGUCCGCUUCAAACUCCAGUCUCAGUUCCGAUGGUGGGAUCAAAUCGAUCAGUAUCUUCUGAUGGGAGCUGUUCCGUUUCGUAAGGAUGUUCCGAGAUUGAAACAUCUAGGCGUUGGUGGCGUAAUCACUCUUAAUGAACCUUUUGAGACUUUGGUACCAUCCUCUUUGUAUAAUGCUUAUGAAAUGGAGCAUCUAGUGAUACCAACACGUGAUUACCUGUUUGCUCCUUCGAUUGCUGACAUAACUCGAGCCGUCAACUUCAUUCACAAGAAUGCCUUGCUUGGUAAAACAACCUACGUCCAUUGCAAAGCUGGUCGAGGAAGAAGUACAACUGUUGUUCUCUGCUAUUUGUUUGAGCAUAAGGGCAUGACCGUAGCUGCAGCUUUUGAACAUGUGCGCUCGAUAAGACCGCGGGUUUUACUGCAUCCUUCGCAGAGGAAAGUUGUUGAGGAAUAUAACAACAGACUACAAUCUCCUUUGAGUGAAACAGCAUUCGUCGCAACCUCUGAUGUAAAUGGCAUAGAUUAGUCAGUCAUGGCUCAGCUAUUCCAGCAUCGAUCAAAAGCUAAGUCAGGAGGUUUUUGCAAAGACUUCUCUGUUUCUCCUUUUGGCUCGGUUAAAAUUUCUGGUUUUGACCCUCUGAUCCCGCUUGGUUCCUGCAAAAUUGUGGCCGGUCCAACUGAUUAAAUUAUAUUCAAGUAACCAAAUGACUUGUUCAUUAACAAUUGUUUAUAUACAAUUUUUAGUGAUAUAUUUGUUUUGAGUUUGGUCUUA